ACAAAAUCAUGUAACCGAACACCGCCAUUCUUCCCGGAAUUAAAAAGAAAAAGGUUACACGUAGCUCCCCCUCGAGGUGCUGACUGAUAUUUCCCCCUCAUUUUACACACCAAAAACCAAAGUACCAAACACCAAAUCCAUAUCCGUUAUUAGGGUUCAAGAUCAUGCUUUUGCUAGUUACACAUUUGUCAAUGGAAACUUCUUCUAAGAAGGUUGGGGUUUUGGUGCCUCUGAAUGCUAAUCUAGAGGAAGACACUUCGAAUUCAAUCCCUAGAGUUGAGAUUAGUAAAGGCAUUAACUUAUUAGGUCGCGAUGUUAUACCUAUCACUGACAAGAGACUAAGCCGUAAACAUGUAUCCGUUAUCGUCUCUGCUGAUGACUCUGCGGAAGUUCUUGUGGAAGGAACAACCCAGUUGUCAUUAGAUCACAGGAUCAAAGGAGGAAGAAGCUCUUAUCUGGACAAAAGCUAA